CCAGCAGCUUCCACAGAAGCCCCGGGCUGUCUCGGGCGCGGCCGGCUGGACGAACGGACAGACAAACAGAGGACGCCAAGGGCGCGAGGCCCGUUGGGGCCGGCCAUGGAAGGAGCUUCGUUUGGCGCGGGCCGGGCGGGGGCCGCCCUGGACCCCGUGAGUUUCGCGCGGCGGCCCCAGACCCUGCUGCGGGUCGUGUCAUGGGUGUUCUCCAUCGCCGUCUUCGGGCCCAUCGUCAACGAGGGCUACGUGAACUCCGACGACGGCCCGGAGCUGCGCUGCGUCUUCAACGGGAACGCAGGCGCCUGUCGCUUCGGCGUCGCGCUCGGCCUCGGCGCCUUCCUCGCCUGCGCCGCGUUCCUGCUGCUCGACGUCCGCUUCCAGCAGAUCAGCAGCGUCCGCGACCGCCGCCGCGCGGCCAUCGCCUUCAGCUUCUUCUCCAUCCUCAGCUGGGUGGCGCUCACCGUGAAGGCCUUCCAGCGGUUCCGCCUAGGCACCGACAUGUCGCUCUUUGCCACCGAACAGCUGGGCACCGGGGCGGGCCAGGACUACCCCGGCUACCCAGUGGGCAGCGGUGUGGAGGGCACCGAGACCUACCAGAGCCCGCCCUUCACCGAGACCCUGGACACCAGCCCCAAAGGAUACCAGGUGCCCGCCUACUAGUGGCUGGCAGGCCCAGAGCGGGGCUGGAAGGCUGCCCCACCAAUGCAGGGCCCAAGGCCUCCUGGGACCUCCCUCAGGCCCUUCUGGCCCAACUCCCAGGAUGGAGGGGCGGCCACUGUGGGCCAUCUGGGGCCAAGAGAGGGUGGCCCCCAGGGUGUCUGGGCUGUAUUCCCCAAGUCCGCCCAGUACCUUUAAUCCCCAGCCCCAGGCCUGAGGUCUUGAGGAGGGGACAGCACAGCCCUGGACAUGUGUCCUCCAGCCUCCAGUGGACCAACCUGGGCAGGGGCCAUUCCCCUCAUGAGGCAGCCAGCCCAGGGCUCACCUGCCCACUCUGGCAUCAGGGAUCCAGCUGCCCUCCAUAGCCAGGUGCAGGGCCUGCCCCAGACUGGGGGCAGGAAUACUGCCAUGACCCAGGGAGCUCGGCCACUGUCCCCCUCCCAUGUCCCCGUGGGUAGUGACAGUCCUUGUUCCUGUCAUGUUGGUUCACCCUGUAGGGCCAUGUGCUCUGUCUGGAGCCUCCAUUUCCUCUCACCUGCUCGCUAGAGUAGCCUGGCCCUGUUGAUGUUGUGAUUGUGGUCAAGUUUUCAAGUUUCACCUGGUAGUUUCCCACAAGCAGCCCCUCUCUCUGUGGCCCCUUCUCCAUCCAACCCUUCCAUGCCUUGGCCCAGGCCUCUGCCUGGAUGCGAGUUGUUUUGGCCAAGAAGGCACAACAUGACUGUUGGCUUGGGCACCAGCCCUCUCCCAGCUCUUCAGUAAGACUUUACCCAAGGGAGGCUUGAGACACCUUCGUGCCUGGCAAUACAAGCCCCUUGAGAGGACAGAAGCUUUAUCUGCCCAUGGUGCCCUGGAGACAGCGUUCCGUACAAACCCUUUUACCUUGGCUUCCUGGGCCAGUCCUUCAACUCUCCACCCUGCACCCCAUAUUAAGGUCCAUUUCAAGGUUGGGGUCCCUCUGCAUAGCUGACUACUCAAGCAUUGCUCGAAGCUGGCUUUUCGCAUUAUACCAGAUGCAGUUGCCACAUUUCAUUCUUACAGACAGAUGCCUCUGGAGUUGCAGUUGAGUGACAACCCUGUACAUUGUAGCAUAGAUCAAUUAUGUUUGGAUAUUUCAGUGAACAUGUUUACAAUUUUUGUAUAUAAGGAUCUCUCCCUCUUCUGAAAGAACAAUCUGUGAUUGUGUAUUUUCAGUGUCCCGUGUUCCAACUGCAACUUCUUUACAAUAAAGACUGUAAAUGAGUUUACUGUGGCCCAGACA